AUGGCAAUGGCAAACAAUAAAACACACUGUUUUAUAUGUAAUACAGAAAAAAUAACAUAUUCUUGUGAAGGAUGCUCGAAAAGAUUUUGUUUAACAGAUUUAACAGAACAUCAACAAUUAUUAAGAGAAGAAUUAAAUCAUAUUAUUAAUGAUUAUGAUCAAUUUAAACAAAGAAUUAAUGAACGAAAGCAAAAUCCACAAAAUCUACAAAGUAAUUCAUUAUUAAAACAAAUUAAUCAAUGGGAAAUAGAUUCAAUUGAAAUCAUUCAACAAAGAGCACAAAAUUGUAGAGAAAUUAUUAUUAAAACUUCAGAAACAUUUAUUUACGAUAUUGAAAAGAAAUUUAAUGAUUUAUGUGAACAAAUCAAACAAAUUCAUAAAGAAAAUGAAUUUAAUGAGAUUAAUUUAAAUUAUUUAACACAUGAAUUAAUAGAUAUUACACAAGAACUAAAUAAUCCAUCACAUAUAUCUAUUCAACGAGAUUCACAAUCAUUUAUUAAUGAAAUUUCAAUUAUUUCGUCAAAAAGAAUAGAAAAAUUAUAUUUCAUUCGAGGUCAUUAA